CACGUGCGCAGGCGCACUUCCGGCUCUGCUCCGCCGCUGCGGCCAUUGUCCAGCCCCGGUGCGGCCGAGGCCGCUUAGGGCCGCGCCUCCACACAUUGCAAUUGGAGAGGACUGAGCCUGCAGCGGGAGCAGGAGGAGACGUUCCAAACCUUGGGCGGGUCUGAGGCCGCAAAAUCUGGAAACUCUUAAGAAGCAGUGAUUCCGAGUACGCGGGUCCUAACACCACCUCCACCCUGCCGCGCCCACCCAGCUGGGCAGGGGGGACUGGGCGUGGCUAGAGGAGGGUGUCCUGGACACGCCCCUGUCUGGGAAGCAGGCCCGGGCGAGGCAGGAAUGGCCCCAAGGCCUCCAACAGUCCAGGAAUCAGUGACAUUCAAGGACGUGGCCGUGGACUUCACCCAGGAAGAAUGGCACCACAUGGCCCCUGCUCAGAGGCGCUUGUACAGGGAUGUGAUGCUGGAGAACUACAGCAACCUGGUUUCUCUUGGAUAUCAAGUUUCCAAGCCAGAGGUGAUCUUCAAAUUGGAGCAAGGAGAAGAGCCAUGGCUAUCAGAGGGAGAAAUCCAAAGAUCUUUCUGUCCAGACUGGAAGACCAUGCCUGAAGCCAAACCAUCAAAUCUGCAGCAGAGCAUAUCCGAAGUAUCCCCUCGCACAGAUGAUCUCUCACGUGCCACAUUAGAAGAUGCCUGGGAUGUGAGUAGUCAUUUAGAGAAGCACCAAGAAAACUGGAAGAGAUAUCUGGUGCCAGAUGUAUCCACCCAGAAGAAAACCACACCGGAGGAAACUUUUGAGCAUAAUAAAUUUGGUGAAAACUCUAGAUUGAACACAGACCUGGUCACACAACUGAACAUUCCUUCAAGGUCUAAUGAAUGUGCUACACUGGGAAUCAGUUUGGAACAUAAUUCAGACUUACUUAAUGAGAAUAAUAUCCUUGCAAAAAAGAAACCUUAUAAAUGUAACAAAUGUAGAAAAGCUUUUAUUCAUAGAUCAUCACUUAACAAACAUGAGAAAACUCAUAAAGGAGAGGGAGCUUUCCCCAAUGGUACAGAUCAGGGAAUUUAUGCUGGAAAGAAACACCAUGAAUGUACUGACUGUGGAAAAACUUUCCUCUGGAAGACACAGCUUACAGAGCAUCAGAGAAUUCACACAGGGGAAAAACCCUUUGAAUGUAAUGUAUGUGGGAAGGCCUUCAGGCAUAGCUCAUCCCUUGGUCAGCAUGAAAAUGCGCAUACUGGAGAGAAACCCUAUCAGUGUAGUCUCUGUGGGAAAGCCUUCCAGCGUAGCUCCUCCCUCGUUCAACACCAGAGAAUUCACACUGGAGAAAAGCCCUAUCGAUGCAACUUAUGUGGAAGGUCUUUUAGGCAUGGCACGUCCCUCACUCAGCAUGAAGUCACACAUAGUGGAGAGAAACCCUUUCAAUGUAAGGAAUGUGGGAAAGCCUUUAGUCGAUGUUCUUCCCUUGUCCAGCAUGAGAGGACUCAUACAGGAGAAAAACCUUUUGAAUGUAGCAUAUGUGGGAGGGCUUUUGGUCAGAGCCCAUCCCUCUAUAAACAUAUGAGGAUUCAUAAGAGAGGGAAGCCUUACCAAAGCAAUAGCUGCAGCAUAGAUUUCAAGCACAGCUCAUCUCUUACUCAAGAUGAAAGCACUCUGUCUGAAGUGAAAUCCUAUCAUUGUAAUGACUGUGGGGAAGACUUCAGUCACUUUACAGACUUUUCUGAUCAUCAGAGGAUCCAUACUGGAGAGAGCCCCUAUGAUUGUGAGCAGACUUUUAGUCAACAACCUAUUUCUCAUCCUGGAGAGAAACCCUAUCAAUGUAAUGUAUGUGGGAAAGCUUUCAAAAGGAGUACAAGCUUCAUAGAGCAUCACAGAAUUCAUACUGGAGAAAAACCCUAUGAAUGUAAUGAAUGUGGAGAAGCCUUUAGUCGACGCUCGUCACUUACUCAACAUGAAAGAACCCACACAGGAGAGAAACCCUAUGAAUGUAUUGACUGUGGGAAAGCCUUCAGUCAGAGUUCAUCCCUCAUUCAACAUGAGAGAACUCAUACUGGAGAAAAACCCUAUGAAUGUAAUGAAUGUGGGCGAGCCUUCCGAAAGAAAACCAAUCUGCAUGAUCAUCAGAGAAUUCAUACUGGAGAAAAACCCUAUGCUUGUAAGGAAUGUGGGAAAAACUUCAGUCGAAGCUCAGCUCUCACUAAACACCAGAGAAUUCAUAUGCGAAAUAAACUUUAAGAACCCUGAAAUUAAAGAAUGUGCAGAAAGCUUUAGCUAAAAUAUUAUUGCUUGGUAUCAAAAGAUUCAUACUGGAGAGAAAGCUUGAAAAUGUAAUGAAUUAUGUGUGUUUGUAUGUUGUGUGCAGAGAAAACUCUGCUGGUAGACUUUUUUUAAUCCAAUUUAAAAAGCCACAUUCUCAGAUCUGGUUACAAAUUUGUAGAAACAACUGCAAGCAUCAUGUAUAACCUGUUGGAAAUUAUAUGCCUAUUGGGCUUUACAAAGCUUUUUAACAUAUAUAUGGAGGAGAUUACCAUAACAUUUUAACUAUUACUGUUUACAGCAUUUUUUAUAGAAAAAAAAAAUUCCUGCAGUAAUGACCAAAACUCAUUUUUAAAAUUGCUUGACAACUGCAUUCAAUUGCAGAUUUUACAUUAAAUUCACCAUGGAAACCAGUUUCACCUCCAAAAAUUCACCAUUUAAAGGAUUAGAUCAACUGGUCCAACUACUUCAUUGUAUAGAUGAAGAAACUGAAAACCAAAGAUGUGAAAUGGUUUGCACAGUCUUAUACAACUUAUAAUGGCAAAGCUGAGUGGAGGAUGCAGGUCUCCUGGAUCUUUGGCCCCAGGGUUUUGACACUGAAAAAGGUAUCUUGGAAUUCAGAGGGCUUUUAUGUGUUUUUUUUUUCACAUAUUGAAACUUCAAUUUAAUAGAAUAUUAAAAUGCUUGAAAUAAAAUAUACAUUGCAUGUAAGCCAGAUUAGAUGUGGGAACUGACCUACUUGGCCACAAGAUACAACUGAUAUUGCCAUAUUAUACUACUUCUAUGGAAAUACUAGGUAAGGUUUAAAUAAUACUUUACUAUAGAGAAAGAAAAGUAGUAAAGUACUAAAGAGAAAGCGGACCUUCAGAGGGCUUUUAAAUAAAUUUUAGAUCAGACGCACAAACAUUUAAUGAGCACUCAUGAGUUGGACACAUUGGGAAUUCAUAAAAGCAUAAGGCAGCAAGACAUGGAGAUUUGUCACAAACUUAUUUAAAGCAGCUUGUUAGAAGCUUACAAACCAAAAUGUUAACAGAAACUGUAAAUGGUUGAACUAUUGGUGACUUUUUUCCAUUUUCCAAAUAUAAUUAUUCUUUCAACUAACAUGUCAGUUUUAUAGAACUAUUAAGUUCUCUCACUCUGCACUGCCCCACACUUCUAUAUUGGAUCAGUGGGGGAAAUAACACAAAAUUAAGAUAAGAAUUUUCCCCAAAAUUAGUUUUUACUGUAGAGAAGUAUAAAUUCAAUUACCUCUUGCCAUAAAAUUUGUCUUUAAAUCAGCAUGUGUGCCAAAGAAAUAUUUCACCAUAAAAAAAAUUAACUUUUAAUUUCUAUGGUGCCUGAGAGCUAUGAUUAAGUAGCCCACUCUAAUCCUUAAUGUCCCCUAAUGGAAUUUCAUAGGCUACCCUAAAGGAAUUUCAAGGACCUUUGUUGAUUCAUUGGUAUCAACAGUGCAGAUAAAUUUAGAAGCAACUGAAUAUUGACCCCUUUAAUAACAAGAACAUCUCCUCCCUAAGAUAAGAAAAUUUCCUACAUUGAUGAGUCAUUGGGAGGAGUGAGAUGCGUGAUAUUGAUGGUGAACCUUUGUUACUGGCUUUCUUGCAUGCCAGGUAGCAGGAUCCAUGAUCCUUAUCCUGAACAUGAGGCAGCUCCCAAACAUUCUUCAUAAUUUUUCUUUUUUACUCCUCACCUGAUAUGUUUAUUGAUUUGAGAGAAACAUCAAUUGGUUGCCUCCCAUCAUGCCCCAACUGGAGAUUGAUCCCACACUGUAGAUAAAUGCCCUGAUGGAAUCGAACCCACAACCUUCUGGUGCAUAGGAUGGCUCUCCAACCAAGUGAGCUACCCAACCAGGGCUCUUCAUAAUUUUUGCAGAAAAAAAUGUUCUUAGGGACUGAAAUAUGGGAUGUGUAGCUCAAUGUCAUGUGUGGAGCAAGUAUCCCACCUGCCCUUCCAAGGUAUUAGCCAUUCAAAAACUACAUUUAUUAUGUUUCAUGCUUAAUGUGCACAUGAUGCCAAGGCCAAGUUUGUGUUGUCUGAUACAUAGUUUGGCAAUGGGUGAUUAUACCCAAACCCUCCCCUGUUGAUUAGCCAAGAUGCCUAUCAGGAACUCAUUUUGCUACUGAUUGUUUGGGGACCCUCAUAGUGGGCUCUUUGUAAGAAUGGCAUGAAUUGUAACCAGUUGAGUGCUACCCUACUGCUAUGGAAGUUUGUAAAGAUAGUUCUGAAAGACCCAAAGGAGACCACUGCUUUGUGUGUGGAGCCUGGCCUAGAUCCAACCAAUCUCUGAAUCUCAGCAUCUUCACUGAGAGAGAGGGAGCCCAGGAUAUAUGUGUGGCUGACUGAGCAGAGGAUUCUGUAGUCCUAGCACUCAUACACCAUGCACUUACGAACACCUAGCUUUCUAGGCCACAUGAAAUGCAUCCUUGUAACAUCAUUGUAUUACUUCAAUAAAUAGCCUUUUUAGUUGAA